UAGAGAAAGUAUGCAAUGCAUACAGCUCUGCUACAACCCCCCACUAUACUGCAUCUGGGGUAUUCGUGACUGGACGUCUGGGGGAUCACACACAUUUCCGAUUAGGAGGAGGGAGGGAGAGAGAGAGAGAGAGAGCGAGGGAGCGAGAGAGAGGGAGAGAGAGAGAGAUUACCCUUUCAUUCCAGCCAAUGAGACGGUCGAUACACUAAGAUUUUCAUAGUUGUGCAGGAGCACAAAGUGGAGUGAGUGUGUGUGAACUUCCAGGUAAAACUGCAAACCAACUUAAGGUUCCUUUGCUCGCAUCUCCAGCUCCUGAUACUCAACUCUGCUCCUCUUUAAGCCCUCGAGGCCGCUGCUCCAGGCUUUGAUGCCCACACAGUUUGAAGCAGGUGGACAGACGCAGGCAUGAGUAACAGUGGGACCAAAGAGCCAUCUCCUCAGCCAAGCACUGCCCAGUCACCUCCUGAGCCUCAGCGUAGGGGCAGAGGUCGACCAAGGAAACAGCAGCAGGAGCCUGUUGGACCACCAACUCCAAAGCGGCCAAGAGGACGACCAAAAGGCAGCAAGAACAAAGGCCCCAGAACUGCACUGAAGAAAGUAGAGCCCAUUGGAGAGAAGCGACCACGUGGGCGACCAAGGAAAUGGCCCCAGAAAGUAGUGCUAGAAGUAACUGAAGAACAGCAGGGCGCUUCAGAAGAGGCUGAGGAGGGUCCCUCGUCAUCUCAGGCGGCAGCACAGGAGGAAGGGGAGUAGAUAGGGCACCUCUCUACCUACCUCAAGGUUUGGCCUCCGAUAAACAGGGGUUUAAAUCUGACUCCUAUCUGUGAUGGGGAUUCAGGAACACACAGACACACACACACUCAAAAGUAAUUGCAGUCAGUAAUUUCUUCUCCUGAUGUGAUACCUUGGAUUUGUUAUAAAUUUUUUAAGAGUUUUGGAUUUUUGGUGAGCAAACUGUGUUUUAACAUUGGAGUAUUUGAUCUUUCAGUAAGGUUUAUUGAAUAGGAAUAGUUCCACUUUUUGGGAAAUGCACUUGAGACAUACCAUUUUCACAUAUAAAUAUGCCGUUCAUACCUGCAGCAUCUCUAAAGCUCGCACACACAUAUUGUCUCAUUUCUGAAAUCUAAAAAUGUAAAAGCAGUUUUUGUGGUCGUUUUAGACGUGCCUGCUUCUCAUGUGACUUUAAGCAGUAAAGGAAAAACAAAAAGGGUGCAUUUCCCAUAAAAAUUGAACUAUUCCUACAAGUAUGCCAGCUUUCCUGAGCCCCUUAGUGUGCAUGGUUGCGUGUGAGCGAGUGUGAGCGCGUGUGUGCGGCGGUUGCAUGGAGAGGGGACUAGGCUGCCGGCUGAAAUGAGACUGGUUAAGAAAAACAAAGGAACCAAACUGAAUUGUUUUUAUUGAAACAUGUUUCUAAAUCAAAUAUCACAAACCCUCGUAUGAAACAUCGUUACAAUAUAGACAUGGUGCGCUGAAGUCAUUGUGAUGAAAGUUGUGUGAAAGGUUUAAACUGAAAAUGAAAUAUCAAAUUAUUUGAGGGGUGGGGCAGGGGCUCCUUACAAAAAAAAAAGAAGAUUAAAUUGGAUCCAGGGUUUUGUUUUUCUUCAAUCCAGCAGCUGAUUUGAGAGAAAUUGUUUGAAUAUUUCAUUUAGAAAAGAGAAACCCUUCACACACAUCAUUUAGUCAACAAGGAUGUUGACAUGUCAUUUUUUUUUCACUCAGGAUUUCACUAUUAACAGUGCUUUUACACCAUAUUGAAACCUCAGGUACAAAACUAUUCAGGAACAUGUCUACUCAGAAAUAAUUAUGGUGCUGUGUUUGUUGUGCAUUUCUGAUCUGUAUUUGACAUUACCAGUAUGCCUUGACACAAAGACCUCAUUUAAACCUCAGUUACCUUCAGCUUCUUAAUCUCUCAUUCUACCUCAGUAACACAAAAUGAUCUCCUGCAAAGUAAUCCUUCGCUCCCUCAACAGUGAUAUACACAAUUACUGUACACACACACACACGCGUGCAAACACACACAGGUUUUUGUGCAGAUAUACAGUACGAUUAAACACGAGGUUUUCAGGGCUGCAGGCCAACAUGUGGAAGCAGAUGUUACACUCCAGUCGGGGAGUACAAAUAAAAGCAUCAGUAUAAAUUUUUUUUUUUAACUGUAUUUGAUAUAAACUGAAGUGAGAUUUUGGUUGUUUGCUCUCCUGGGAAAUAAAAUGCAGCCAAUAGUUUACAACAACCUGAUGAAAUACUUGCUUUUUAGGGUGCAGUUCCUCAUGAAAUUUUUGUUUUUUGGGGGUGGGGUGGGGAUUGUUAUUCUUUUCUCAUUUUUAUUCUAUCAUGUAUUUUCUGAUUCUUACACUGUAAGUUGUAUGUGUGACACUCUUAAUACAUGGCAGCAAAUAACCACAAAGUGCUGAAAUACAUAAGCGUUAUGGCUAACUUCAGGCACCGGCCAUACCAGACCGACUAAGGCUAUAGCAACAAAACACCUCGUUGUACUGAAGGUAUUGGGAGUGCGUUUUAUGGUCUAUCAAUUAAACAAGUUUAACUUUAUUUAGUUUCAUAGAGAGGAAGUGCAUCAUAUCUUGUUGCAAAUUUUACAGUCUUCCUUUAAAGGAUUGUUUCACUUACCUCUAAAAGCAUGCAGCUACACAGCUACAGUACGUACACCUCAAUGCAACAAAGUGCAUGGGAUUUAUUUUGUGGUGCUUAAUGAACAUUUUCUGUUGAAGCUACUUUCUACUUAAGAAAAUGUUAACAAAGUGGUUUAAGACUUGUCCACACUAACAUACUGUGGUAACUCCCAGUCUGUAAGAACUCUAUAAAUAAAACUCAGUUCAUCUCCAUUGCAUUCAGAAAUCUUAAAAAAAAACAAAACGAAAUGGGAGAUUUUCAAAUAGAAACAUUAAUUCAGAACUAGCUGCAUGCCACCAGAAAAAGUGAAUGUAGUAUUUUUCACCAUGAAUACAGUACUGUGCAAAAGUCACCAUCAUUUCUAUAUUUUGCAUACA